GUAAAACUUAAACGAAUAAUUUUUAUCUUGCGUUGUAAGAACGUAUGAGUAAGCAUCUUAUCUUAGUCUAAUUCACUUUUAGUAGCCUAGCUUAAUUACUUUCGAGUUUUCAUGAACUUAUGUAGAUUUAUGUAGACCUAAUGAUGAAGAUCAAGAUGAGAGUUCUCUGUUUGUUUCUUUCGUUGAUCUGCGCUAUCAGGACCGCAGGGUUGUCAGUGCGAGGUCCUGCGAUGCCACUACAUGUCCAGCUGGGGGCGUCUGUGACGUUGCCCUGCUCUGUGGAUACCCCAAUACCUCUGCGUGAGCUGCAGGUGCAGUGGAUGAGAGAAGAUUCUGGAAGCCUGGUGCAUCUGUUCCUGGAAGGAAAGCGUCGGCCAGAAUCACAGAGCCCAGCGUACAGCGGCAGGGCCGAGUUUUUCACUGAAGAAAUCUCCAAAGGAAACUUCUCUCUGCUGCUUAGGAAUGUAACCACCGAAGACAAAGGAAUGUACAAGUGUGUAGUUCACACUGCACGCGAGUCUAGUGAAGCAAAGGUGAAAAUAGAUACUGAGUGGCUGGUGGUGACUGGUGCAGACGUGCCUGUAUUUGCAUAUGCUGGUGAAGAUGUGAUUCUGAACUGCUCAGUGGACACCCAUGUUCCUCUCAGAGAGUUAGAAGUAGAGUGGAUGAAGACAAAUGAAGAAAUCCAGGUGCUGCUGUUUAUGGGGGGGCAGUACAGACCGGAGUCACAGCCUGAGAGAUUCAGAGGGCGUGCUGAGUUCUUCAGUGAGGAGAUUCCCAAAGGCAACUUCUCAAUGAAACUGAGGGAUGUAAAAACUGAAGACAGAGGGGAAUUCAUGUGCACAGUCCAUACAUACAGAGAAUCAGUCAAUGCAACAGCUUGGCUACAAGAACAGGGUUUUUCCACCUUACAUUGGUGUGUCCUGGGUUUAACCAUGGCUGCUGCAGUUUUUGCAGUUUUAAGCUGCAUUCCGGCUGUUUGCUGGAUAAAAACAGCACAAAAAGAAAAACGAGAAAAAAAGAAAAAAAAGAAAGGGUUAACGACGGAGGAGGAGGAAGAUGAGGAAGAAGAGGAAGAAGAUGAGGAGCUAAUAGUUGAAAGCAAAGGGACUGUGUUGCUAUUUUGCCUUCAAGUCUCCGUUCCCUGCAUCUUGUUAUCCAUCGCCUUCGCCAUAUGGGGUAAAAUUGAAAGUUCUGUUGGAGAGGCCUAUGUUUGCAGUACUAUAAAUCUUGUGAGGAUCCUCGUGAUAUUUAAGGUGGCUCCAUAUGUACUUGGUGCAAGACACAAGGACGUCUCAGACCCAGCCAAAACUGGAAGGGGACCUGGCAGACCCCAAAAACGAACAUGUUUCGAGAGACUCACAAACUUGGCCUUGCCUUUGGAUAAUCUUCUUAUUAGAACAGGGAUGAAUUCUGUUCUUCUCCAUUCCGUUUUGACAUACCAUGCCCAAGAUGCAGAAAGAAAACUAUUUUCCGAAUUCAUGUUUGUACUUGUGGCAUUGUUCGAUUUUUCAGCAGUUUUUUCAUCAGGGAUAAUGUUGACUUCAGUGUAUAAUUUCCUAUACUACGCCAUUCAACUGGAAAUUUUCUUUCUGAUUUUCUCGGGAAGUACACUUGGUUUUACAGCAGUGUUUAUACUUUGGUUUAUUCGACCUGGUUUGUACAAAUUGCUGGAUUAUUGGAAAUCAGAUUUGUCCAAAAAAAGAUAUGAAUAUUUAAUUGAGAAAGUCGUUGAAGUGCUUAAGUACACUAUUAGGAGUACUCUCUACACUCUAUUUCUGCACAUCUUUUUAGAAAAGAAUAAAGACCGUCCUGCACUGGUGUGUUUCAUGGCGUUCCUCUGCAUCCUGCUUGCAGUAUUGCAUUUUGAUCACAGGACUAAUCUACCUGAUGUAGCUCAUAUCCUAGUGUACGUGUUUGGUUCUGCUGUCCUAAGUGUCCUUAAUUCAGUUGCUCUAGCAACAGAAGUGUUUCUGAACGCAGAAAAGGGGGCGCAAACUGUGGAUCUUCGAGUGAUCGUCUUGCCUCUUGAAUCUUUCUUUUUGGCCUUUUGGCUUGGUUUACAGGUGUAUGCCUUCUGUAAGUAUCCCUAGGAAACAUUAAUAAGAUUUGGUACAUUUCAAAUAUCCAUGAUACUCAUCAAUUCCUUCAAAUUGAAAAGAACAUUAUGCAUGUGUUGAUGCAAUAUUGUUACAAUUUGCUAAAUGAUGACCUCUGUUACUUUCUGGAAUACAGGUAUGCAGGAUAAGAAGUAAGUUGAAACUAGCUGUCAUAAAUUAAUUUGCCAAGAUGAUGACAUGUUUAUCUGUUUUCAAUCCUUUUAAGCAUAUUCUUUUUACCUUUUUUGUUAUUCCAGUAUUUCAGAAUAUACUAUGAUAGUAUAAAAGUGUCAUGUUUCAAAAUUGUAACAAUGUCUCUGUGGACUGUUCUUUGUUUAUUUUUAAGCCUAGAUGUAUACAAUUAAAUAAAAUUAUGUAAAAGCCAAAUUAGUAUUAAUUGUGUCUUGUUCUCUAAAUUCCUUUCACUGUUGGUUGUAAUAUUGUCAUUUGGUUUUCACUUAGAAUAACAGAACAGCUGAGUCAGCUUUUCCAGAGCUGCAAAAAACGACUCCGAUGUUCAACAUCAUCUCAGCAAGAUCAGACGUCAGAGGAAGAUGAAGAGUUGAUGCCACAGGAAGCUGAAAAGAAGAUGCCAGAGGAAGAGAUGUGGUUACGUGCAGCUCUAAAGAUGAUCAAUUUCUCUCAACCAGCGCAGAGUACAGCACAAAGGCAGGAGUCAUUACAGGUAGCUCGAGAAAUGAUAGAACGUCUCCUUCAACCUGCGCAGAGUACAGAAAACACACAGGAGACACCACAGGAAACUGAAGAGACAGAACAUCUCUCUCCAUCGGCAGAGAAUACCACACACACAAAGAAGGAAGUAUGAAGAUGGUCUCAGUGAGGUGUAAAGGAUCCAGGAGGGCCAGAUUAUGUGUACCCACAAUGCACUUUGCAGUACUGUUCUUUGCUAAUUGGUACAUUGAAUUAUGACAUCAUUCAUCUGUAAAUAUCAUUUAACUCACAUUCCGGGGAAAGCCUAGCUAACGAACAUAGUUUUAGUUAAUGCUGCCAAAACGUCAAUCAUGAUGUUGGCAAUCUGUUGCUGUUGCAAUUUUUUAUUAAUUCAUUUUCACUUCAUUUGCCUACUGCUUUUUUCUGUUUUUUCUCAAAGUCAGCUUAGAGGAAAGCUGCACUUGAAUGGUGCAUUAUGACAGGGUUAUGUUAAUAAAUUGAUGUUACUUGUUUUGCAUUUGUAUUGUGUGAUUUUCAAAAAAAUAAAAUAUCUUCAUUUUCAUAAAA